GCAAGCAAGAAGCAUUGGAUUGUAUGGGUGGAAGCAAGAAGCAUUGGAGUGUAUGUCCGCCUUUACCUCUUUAGUUUCAUUAUCGUGCUCACUUGCGCUCUCUGCUUGCAAUGCUCGCUCAGACUAUUUGCCUGCUAGCCAACGCAACUUCCCAUUUCUUGCUUGCUCAUUCUGCCAUAACCUCUACCCGUCUCUCCUUCACAUUUCAGUCCUUGUCGCUUUUCAUUCUAUAGCUCACUCCACUUUAUAAUUAUUUAUGCCAACCGGAACCACUCACAGAACGAAUUUGUUCAAGAUUAAACAAUGACUGCAACCUGCACACAGCUGCAACUUCUCCUGUGUUUCUUCGUUAGACUGGCUGUCAGUCAAGGCACACAAGCAGAGGUGGUGCACGCGCUGUUGGAUCAGCCUGUUACUCUAAAGUGCUCUUUCCAUGUCCCAGUGAACUGGAACCUCAGUGAAAUCCAUAUCAUGUGGUUCAGAAACUUUACAGACAAGCUACUGGACUGCAAGGUUGGGAAGAGUGAGCAACAAAUUUGCGAGAACUCUUCCCAUUAUUCCAGAACAAGCCUGGCAUCGAACCCUUUCUAUGGCAACGCUGCUCUGAAAAUUCUAAAACUCCAGGAGUCUGAUGUUGGCAUGUACCAGUGUUGGGUCAUCUUUCCGGAGGCCUACGUCAGAAUAAACAUGGAGCUCAGACUACAAGAUAAAGAACCGUCAAAAGAAAUAAAUGUAUGGGUCAAACUGUACACGCAGAUUUCUAGGAACUUCAUCAUGUUGAGCGGCUGGUUAAUUGCUCUGUUAUUGAUCUUGAAGGUUUUAUCCCGACGAUGUCGUUCAAAAGGCAAGAAGAACUUCAAAACGCACAUCUAAUUAUUUUGCCAGUGACUGGAGUCAUUUAAAGCAUUUUUUUUUCCCCAGAAAGAUUCUGCACAUUUUGGGAAAUACAAUAUGCAAUUUCUAGGAGAAAACAAGAUACCAACACAGAU